GGAAAAAGAGUGGACAAUUUCUUAAACAUAAUCGGAGCAGAAUCAUACCAAGACUCAUCAGGUUCUGUUGCUGAAGAAUCUGGAGCAUCACCUCCCAAGAAGAAACUCAAGGUGAUUUAAAGUAUACAGUAUACAUUUAUCGCUGACAUUCGACUCUAAAUUCCCAUUCAAUCCAGGUUAUGGCUAAAUUACUGAUCUAUCAAUUCACUGUAUUCAUUCUUCUUUCAGCUCGAAUUCACUCCAAUAAAUUCACGGGGCGCGUAUCGGUUUGGAUCUGUGAACCCGCGGUAUUUUAAUAGGUUUGCAAGUGACGAUUCGUUUAAGAAAAUUGUGAGCAAAACGGCCGACGAACUCGCUAACGGGAUCAAAAAGAGUUUGGAGGAACUUGAAGUGGAUCAUGACCCUUCCCAUGCAGAACAACGGCCGCAUACAAACGUUGAUCUUUCUCAGUCUUUAAUUUAUUUAAUAAUAACAGGCAUGAUAUCAAAUGUUACCUGCUUUUGA